AUGUUCCGAUCGCGCCGUGCUGGGCUGGUGCGGAGGCUGUGGCGGCAGCGCUGUGCAGCAGCCAGCCCCGAGGAUGGCCCCGCUGCCCUCAAACCAGCGGUGCAUGCCCUCUUCAAGAAGCUGAAGGAUGAGGAGCUGGAGCUGCUGGUGCAGGUGGUGGAGAGCAGGGGCGCCUGGGAGUCUGGCUGUGUUUUGGCACCACGGGGGGACCCACGAGGGGUCAAGCAGGGACUCCCCCCUCAAGUCCUGCUCUGCCGCCUCUUCCGCUGGCCUGACCUCCACCAGUCCCAUGAGCUCAAGCACCUCUGCUACUGUGCUGGGGGCCAGGGAGCCUGUGGGGACUUGGCUGGGCUGUGCUGCAACCCCCAUCACUUCAGCCGCCUGGCUGUACCUGAAACCCCACCACCCCCCUACUUGAAGGCAUCCUGUGGUCCCUCCUGGCCAGAUGAGCCCCAGCUCAUGGAGUUCAGCUACGACGGUGGGGACUGGUGCGACACCAGUCUCUCGUGGAGCACCAUCAAGGACGGCUGUUGGUGCAAACUGGCUUACUGGGAGUACCGGACGCGCGUGGGCCGCCUCUACGCCGUGCACGAGGCCUCGGUGAACGUUUUCUGCGAGCUGCCCCGGGGCAGCGGCUUCUGCCUGGCCCAGCUGCCCGCCGCCUACCGCAGCUGCGCCGUGCGCCGGGCCCGGGGCAAGAUCGGCCGGGGGCUGCAGCUGAGCCAGGAGCCGGGGGGGGUGUGGGCCUACAACCGCAGCGAGCACCCCAUCUUCGUCAGCUCGCCCACCCUGAGCCCCCCCGGCGCCUGCGGGCUGCCUGUCCUCAAGGUGCUGCCCGGCUACUCGGCAAAGGUGUUCGAUUAUGAGUGGGCAGGGGGCAGAGGGGGCUGGCAGCUGCCUGGGGAGGGGCCCUGUGACCCCCACAGUAUCCGCAUCAGCUUUGCCAAGGGUUGGGGACCCUGCUACUCCCGGCAGUUCAUCACCUCCUGCCCGUGCUGGCUUGAGGUCCUGCUGAACCAGCCACGCUGA